GCAGUCAGACCUAGUCACGGACAAGUCUAUAUCGGGUAUAUAAGACUGGAUAAGAUUGGUGGUCUGUCCUUUUGCACAAUUCUUUCAAGGCUUCAUCAUCAGGAUUAUUGCAAGGUUUGUGCGUAGAGAUUUAGUCUGGUUACUCAAAGGUUCCAACUUCCGAAUAAACGACUCGAAAAUGGCAGACAUCAAUGUGAACGUUAGCAUCUCAAUCGUCAUCUCAGUCAUCCUGGGUGAGCUGUUCUCACUGGUCUGGUACCAUGACAAGAUGCCAUGGGGUACAGCAUAUGGCAACAGGUUCCUCCUCUCAGCUGUUGUAUCAGAUGUCGGCCUCUGUUUCCUCGUCCAACACCUCAUGAGCAAAUACUGGGGUGUCUCCCAAUGGGAAGACGCUAUGAAACUUGCCGUAUUCCUUGGUCUCAUCUACAUCUGCCUCGACGCUCCUUUCGCCGUUCAUAAUGGAAAGUCACUCAUCAACUUUCUGUUCCACGCCAUCCAUAAGGUUCUCCUCAUGUUCAUCAUCACAUUCUCGCUGGUCUACUUCAAGGAUUUCAAGUUUUAAGGAGACUGACAAUCAUCGCAGUGAUUAACUAUCUUUCUUGGCUGAUGGACCUUUUAAUGUUCGCAAGUUGUGUUAAUUUCAAAGAACAGGCAGCUUGGCUCUGUCCCUUAGAGGUGGUCUGAAUCACAAACUGAUUGCAAAAACAGAGUGUACCAGUCCUGGUUCAAUAACCAAGCACAGUUGAAGCCAAAUAUGACAUCACUUCAUGGACUUCAUCAGAGGGACAAACCUGUCAUCGAAGUUAUUCAGAUGGUACCUGUAUUCAUUCCUUUCACUCCACCUCCAGAAUGAGAUAGUGUCAGGCCAUCACAUCAGCUCAAGGCCAAGUCUUGUUUUAAUCAAACUUACCGCUCUUAGUAUUACAAAUGACUAAUCAAAUAAUAUCUUCUUAGAUCUGACUUGUUCAUAUUGGGUAAAACAAAGAUGGCUUUUAUAUUUAUGAUUUUCAUAUAGAGCUUUGACCCUGGGGACUUAGGGACUUUGUGCUUAAAAAUUAGGUUUGGGCUCUGCAAUUUGAUCAGAUGUAUAAACAGCUGUAUUCAGCCAGGCUUUUCAUCUGGAUUCCACUGCCAAGUAUGAACAUAGAUUAGAACUUUUCAGGUCUUCUAUCUCUUGUAGAUUUAGAAACUGGCAAUGUCUCUGUAACUUCCAUUACAUGUAUAUCUUGUUUCCCGCAAAACAUACAUGUAUCUUUCUAGAAAUGAAUAAAUGUACUUUUGUGUCAA